CUAAAUCCACAACAGUAAAAUCAGUCUGUAUAUGUAGUAAAAUAUGCUUGUUAUACUCACUGUGGAACGUAAGGGGUUAAUCCUCUGCAUUGUGUAAAAAAAGAUGUUUGAUCCUGUCUUCUCUGUCCCCAAUCCAUCUGCUGAUAAAACAGAGCCUUGGGGCAAGCUGCACGUGCUCAGUUUUCUGUGUAUUGCUAGAGAGGUUUUUUUUUUUUUGGCAGAGUGCAUGUGAUCAGCACAGGGCCAAUCAGCACUGUCCAGUCAGAGGGUCAGGGGUCCUGCAGCUUCAUAGGACAAU